AUGCAGACGUGGGAAGCCUUCGGCGCCGGCCUCGCCGUAGUAGCCUCUAUCGUCUCUAAUCUGGGCGUCAACAUACAAAAAUAUUCGCACCUGAAAGAAUUUACAAAGCCUGUACAUAAGCGUCAGCCAUAUAUCCGCCGUCGUUUGUGGUGGCUGGGGUUUGCCCUCGUGGUUUUAGGAAGCUUGGGUGACUUUACAGCCUUUGGAUUCGCAACGCAGUCCCUUGUGGCGGCACUAGGAGGAGGUGCAACGCUCGUGGCCAAUGUGGUCACUGCUCAGUGUCUUAAUGGAGAGAAACUCUACAAGACGGACAUAAGUGGUGUUUUGAUGGUUAUUAUGGGCGUAGUAAUCAUUGCUUAUAUUGCGGAACCAAAUGUCGAGUAUCCACUUCCAGAGCUCGAGUUGAGAUUCGUCCGAAUGCCAUUUGUCGUGUACAUGACUUGUGUUGGAGUUUGUGUUGUGGGCAUGCUGGCCACCAUCAAAGGCUCAAUGGCAAAUCGGCUAAAGAACCAGGUGUAUUGGUCUAAUAAACGUCAGAAGAAACUCAUGCAGCAAUUUGAGCUCCGAGUUCAAAGACUUGAGCAACGACUUCUAGACAUGGAAGUGAGACUGCUACAAGUUACUUCAUUAGCUUCGGCACUCCCUACCGGGCUCGUGGAGCCCCCGGCAAUGAGUAAGGAGCUGCGAGAGUUAAUUGAUCCGACCCAUGCGGAGGAUGCUGAUGCAGAUGAAGUAGCUGCGGUUCGAAUAUCUAGAGUUCCGUAUUAUUACGCUAUCUGCUCGGGCAUUGUAGGUGCAAUGACAGUGCUGCUGGCCAAAUGCUCGGCUAUUAUGAUUGCGCUGACUCUCAAGGGCGACAACCAGUUCAAGUACGGCCUGACCUACACUUUUCUGGGCGGCAUGUUUGUGUGCAUCCUUGUUCAGACGCACUUCCUCAACAUGGCCACUACGUUGGGGGACAUUAUGACCGUAUUUCCUAUUUUUCAAGCUUGCUGGAUCACUUUUAGCGUUGUUGGCGGCGCGAUAUUCUACCAAAAUGAGGAUGAGCCAUUUCCUACUACGGACAAGGUGUUUUACCCUCUGGCAUUAAUUUCCAUCGCGGUCGGCGUUGGGAUGCUGACGCAACACAAUUCCUCUUCCGUGAAAGCUAAUAUAGGAAAAAGUGGGAAACUGAGAAUUGAGACAGGAACUGAGGACGAUAUCAUGGUGUGCGAUACGAACGACGAGGAAGACGACAAUAUGCUGGCUACGGAUGCUUCCAUGAGUUUACCUCUGCUUCCCGCGAAUGAUGGUUACCUGCACCUGAGCGCAUAG